ACGCCUAAGCUAUAAAUCAUAUGCAUAAACUAAAUCAUACAAAUUUAAAGUUUCUUAUAUGUGAUGAUUAAUCUUUUUAUAAUAACUUUAUUUUUUUUAGGAGGCUGAGAUUUUUUAGCUAAUUAAGAUAAAUUCAUACACACAUCACAGACAAAAAACUAUUUAAUUGAUAGCCAAAACUCUCAACCAACCAAUCAGAUAAAUUAUUAUAUUCGGACGUCGAAUGUUGUCUGAAGACUAAUCAGAAUGCGCCACCUCACCUCUUGCUCAAUACUGUGGCUCGGUGCUACUCGUUACCGCGGCUCGAUGCUACUGACGUUCUGCAUCUGAUUGAUCUCUGGACGACGUCCUAGAUCCGGUCUCUGCAGAGAAUAAUUUCUUAACAAAUCAAGAUGGAAUCCUUUCCCUGUUUCUAAUAAAUUUUUAUGAAAUGGCCCCAAGUUCACUUUCCAUCGACAACCCACGAGCCUCUGUCUCCCUCCUUUAACCAUGGCGGCGAGCGCAUCCCCUUCCUCUUCUCUAUAAUAUCAUUCUUUGGGAAUCAAAAAAAGUGCAAGACGACAACCUAAUCUGAACCCUAACUCCAAUAAUCCCCUCCACUCUCCCACUCUCUGAGUCACCGACUUCCGCUUAUCUCAACCAUUACUGAAGACAACGGCAAGCAGACGAAACUCGGCUGGCCCCGGCCCGGCCCCGCCAAUCUUCCAAUCAGCCAUUUUAUCAAACACCUUACCAGCAUUCGAUCCGCAUACACAUGGAUUCCGCCACCGACGAAGCCAUCAUGGCCUCGCUUCUCAGACUCAAUCCCCAAACUCUCCAGUCCCUCGCCGGCGAACUACGUCUGCGGCAACGCCGGCUGUCUUUUCUUCUACUUUCCCCUCCCCACUUCUCCCUUGCCCUUUCUCAUCUCCGCUCCCUCUCACUCACAAGCAAAACGCUUCUCCUCGCUCGCUUUCUUCUCCGGUCACUUUCUCUUCUUCAAUCCCCCCUCCAGCGCCCCCCGCACCGCUUCUGCCUCCGCGACUUCGACGCCGCCGUCCUCCUACUCGCCAUGUGCGAUUCAUACGAUCCCUCCACCGCCGUCCCCGGCAUCGAUUGGCGAUCUCUGAUCGCCAACCGGCUUGCCCAAGAAGCUCUAUGCCUCGCCGGACUCGGUGGCGGGUGGUGGCAGGUGAUUGGUCCUCAUGUGGACGCCGCAGGAAAAUGCCUACGGCUGGUGGAGGCCGUGAAGAAUACGUCGGCUAGCGGCGGAGCCGCCGCCGCUGCUGCGGCGGUCAUGUCUCUGGGGAUUGCGGAAGUCGGGGAGUGUGCGAUAUGCGGGGAAGAGAUACUGGAUGGCGGUACGAUGCCCUGCGGACAUCCUUUUCAUUGGGGUUGUAUUUUGGAGUGGCUGCGGAUGCGCAACACGUGUCCCUGUUGUAGGUUCGAGCUUCCAACUGUCGAUAUUUACGGUGAGAUUGAAAGGGUGUGGAAGAUGAUCAUCAAGAUGGGAGGAUGAUCAUUUCAAGUACAAGAAAUUAUUGAUAAUAUUUC